UGAAUAUAUCCAUCCGCCACAGAUGUUCAUAUCAUCUUUACGAAACUUAAACACCUUACUUUUAUCAAUCAUCCUUCCAAAUUAGUAAAUAAUUUAUUUACAAACACUGGAUAGCGAAAGGUUUGCUAAAGAUAGGCGGUUAAAAUUGACCCCUUUUUUGUGAAAGGAUAUAAUUUUGUCAAGUGAGUGAAUCGGUAUCCGCCAUCUUGGCUUCCAUUGACCAGGCGUUUGGCUGGUUCCUUUGGCCUAUUUCCUCUGCCUUCAAGUCAGCAUGGAUGAAACCUACGACGUGAUUGUGCUUGGCACAGGUCUCAAGGAAUGUAUCCUGAGCGGCCUGCUGUCUGUGAGUGGGAAGAAGGUCCUGCAUAUGGACAGAAACAAGUACUAUGGCGGAGAGAGUGCAUCCAUUACUCCACUGGAAGAGCUGUAUGAGAAGUUUGGGCUGGGCAGUCCACCUGAGUCCAUGGGGCGUGGCAGGGACUGGAAUGUGGAUCUCAUCCCGAAGUUCCUCAUGGCCAACGGGAUGCUUGUAAAGCUGUUGAUUCACUCGGGGGUGACCAGAUAUCUAGAAUUCAAGUCGUGUGAAGGUAGCUAUGUGUACAAAUCCGGCGGAAACAAAAUUCACAAGGUACCCGUUACAGAAAAGGAGGCCCUAUCAACAAGUUUGAUGGGCAUGUUCGAGAAGCGCCGCUACCGUAAGUUCCUGAUGUGGGUCAACGACAUCGACGAGAGCAACCCGAAGACCCACGGGGACAUCGACAUCGGGAAGGCCACCAUGCAGGAGGUGUACACGCACUUUGGGCUGGACGAGAACACAGCUGACUUCACCGGACAUGCUCUGGCACUGUGGAGGGAUGACAAUUACAAGCAGCAGAGUUGCAUCGACACUAUCCGGAGGAUUAAGCUCUACAGCGAGUCCCUUGCUCGCUAUGGCAAGACUCCAUACCUGUACCCCCUGUAUGGACUUGGAGAGCUGCCCCAGGGCUUUGCCAGGUUGAGCGCAAUCUAUGGAGGGACCUACAUGUUGGACAAGCCGGAAUGUAAAAUUCAUUUUGAUGAAAAUGGGAAGGUGACUGGCGUGGAGUCCGAUGGAGAGACUGCUAAGUGCUCUGCAGUGGUGUGUGACCCAGGCUAUGCCGGUGACAAAGUGAAGAAGGUGGGACAGGUGGUGCGCUGCAUCUGUAUCCUGUCUCACCCCGUACCCAACACCAAAGACUCCCUCUCCUGCCAGCUCAUCAUCCCCCAGAACCAGGUCGACAGAAAGUCUGACAUCUAUGUUUGCUGCGUCUCCCAUGCCCACAACGUGGCCUCCAAAGGCAAGUUCCUGGCCAUCUGCAGCACAACAGUGGAGACUGACAACCCUGAGGCUGAACUCAAGCCAGCUUUGAACCUCCUGGGCCCCAUUGAUCAAAAGUUUGUGAGUGUGAGCGAUCUGUAUGAACCAAUAGAGGAUGGUACAAACAGCAAGCUGUUUGUUUCCAGUACCUACGACGCCACGACUCACUUCGAGACGACCUGUCUGGACAUCCUGGACAUUUACAAACGGUACACUGGGGAGGAGUUCGACUUCACGAAGGUGGCGGAUCAGAUCCAGACUGUAGCGGACGAAUAGCGACCAAGCCAGCGAUUCCAGCGCACCAGCACAUUCAUUCAGAGAAACCCUAGUACUUCCAGUUACAGUCCAGGAUUAAAAAUGAUGAGUGUGGUUUUUAGUCCCUCAUGCUGUCCAAACGAAAAAAAAAAAAUGUCCAGUGAUAGAAAUUGAUAAUGCCAGAAUGAAGGGGACACUACAGGACGCAGAUAGGCAUUUGUGGCUCCGUUCUAGGCAGGCGAGUUAGCGUUUAUUGAUUGAUAUUGAUAGGUAUUGCCAAGCCAAGCCAGGCUCCAAGGCCGUCGUACGUAGUCUGCAAGAAUUGUGAUAAUACUUGAGUGCCGUCUGUGGCAUACAUGUAUCCAUGAGGCAGUGUCACACAAACUCUGCAAAAGAAAAGAAAAAAUGCCUCGUUGAUGAAAAUCUUCUGUUACAUAAAUCUUGAGAGCGUGUCAAGCCUAAUUGUGUAGCUCUAACGAUUCCGUGCUCUUUUCAUGCCAUGGUUUCUAGAUAGCCAACUGACAGAUGUCUGCCUAUACCUGCCGGUAACACUAGUCGUGCGUAUGUGGUAGCUCUAUUCUACCAUCUGUAAUUAAGCUAAAUCAUUAUAAGAAGGGAUUAAAGCAAGAAGAGUAAUUCUACCCUAGCCUACCUACUCCUGUACACUGACUGUAGGAGUUGUAAGUUUAGAUGUAUUUUGCUCGCUGAGCUGACAUGCUUUGUUGAAAUUAUUGAUAAGGCCCCAAAGCUGAAAUAUUUGCGUUAUUGUACAUAAUGAGACCUAAUAUCUUUGUGGUGCAAAUGAAGACCUGUUUGGACGUACUAUGUAAGAGCUAUUUCCAACGUCAUCUAGCGUGUGCCCUGGCACACAGAAUACACAGUAGUUCCAACUAUUGACAAAGGCUUUCACUUAUAUUAUGAAUUUGUGGUCUUUCCCCUCUUGUCUGUGGUCGAUUCUAUAAAAAUGUGUGAUGUCCGGGGGAAAGCUUUGCUAAUGUGCCCAAAAUUGCGUAACGGCUUUCAUGUCUUAAUAAAAUGACAGAGCACACAUGA